UCAGGUUGAGUGGCAAGAAAGCGGUGCUGCAAGUGUUCACUUCUGGAUCCUGGCGAACAGUCUGCUCUGAUGACUGGAAAGCAGAGUAUGGAAAUACUACCUGCAAACACCUGGGUUUCUCAAGUUACGUGAGUUCAGGUUACCUGCCCGUGGCUGCAGUUGAAAAACCAUUUCAAAGACAUUUUGUAUCCCUCAGCCACUGGUUAUCAGCUGAUCAAGUGACAUCCCUGUACAAUGCAACAAACCUCAGAGAGGAAUGCGCUUCUGGCAAUGUGAUCAUCUUAAAAUGUUUGGCGUGCGGGACACGGGCCAGCUACGGGCCACGGAUUGUGGGGGGCAAUGCGUCCUCCCCCCAGCAGUGGCCCUGGCAGGUCAGCCUGCAGUUCCACGGGCACCACCUCUGUGGAGGGUCGGUCAUCACCCCACGCUGGAUCAUCACGGCCGCCCACUGCGUCUACGACCUGUACUUGCCGAGUUCAUGGAGUGUGCAGGUUGGUUUUGUGACUCAGCAAGACACUCAGGUUCACCCGUAUUCAGUGGAAAAAAUUAUAUACCAUCGAAAUUAUAAACCCAAGACAAUGGGAAAUGAUAUAGCACUGAUGAAACUGGCAGCACCGCUUGCUCUCAAUGGUCACAUAGAGCCAAUUUGCCUGCCUAAUUUUGGUGAACAGUUCCCAGAAGGGAAAAUGUGUUGGGUGUCAGGAUGGGGAGCAACUGUGGAAGGAGGUGAUACAUCUGACACCAUGAAUUAUGCAGGUGUUCCUCUGAUUUCUAAUGCAAUUUGCAAUCACAGGGAUGUCUACGGUGGGAUCAUAAUGCCUUCAAUGCUUUGCGCCGGUUUCCUAAAGGGAGGGGUAGACACCUGCCAGGGAGACAGUGGGGGCCCUUUAGCAUGUGAAGAUAUGAGUAUCUGGAAGUUGGUGGGGACCACCAGCUUUGGAGUGGGCUGUGCAGAAAAGAACAAGCCAGGCGUCUACAGCCGAACCACCUCCUUCCUGGACUGGAUACACGAACAGAUGGAGAGAGAAGAACUGCAGACCUGA